AUGGGUGUCAAGGACGUCUUGUCUCGAAAGGAAGGUGUCAUCGUCGGUGAUGAUGUCCUGGCUCUGUUCAAGUACGCCCAGGAGCACAACUUUGCCAUUCCAGCCAUUAAUGUGACCUCGUCCUCCACCGUUGUGGCUGCCCUCGAGGCCGCUCGAGACAAUAAGUCCCCGAUCAUUCUUCAGGCUUCCCAAGGUGGUGCUGCAUACUUUGCAGGCAAGGGCGUCAAGAAUGACCAGCAGCAAGCAUCCAUCGGCGGAGCUAUUGCCGCCGCCCACUACAUUCGAUCCGUUGCUCCCCUCUACGGUGUCCCGGUAGUCUUGCACACCGACCACUGUGCAAAGAAGCUCCUCCCAUGGCUGGACGGCAUGCUGGACGCCGACGAGGCCUACUUCAAGGAGCACGGCGAGCCUUUGUUCUCUUCUCAUAUGAUCGAUCUGUCCGAGGAGCCAGUUGAUUGGAAUAUCGAGACCACUGCUAAAUACCUGAAACGGGCAGCACCUCUGAAGCAAUGGCUUGAAAUGGAAAUCGGUAUUACCGGUGGCGAGGAAGAUGGUGUCAACAACGAAGACGUUGACAACAACUCUCUCUACACCCAACCCGAGGAUAUUCAUUUGAUUUACACCACAUUGAAGAAGAUUUCACCCUACUUCUCCAUCGCAGCGGGCUUCGGUAACGUACAUGGCGUUUACAAACCCGGAAAUGUCCGUCUUCACCCCGAGUUGCUCGACAAGCACCAGAAGUACGUCAAGGAAAAGGAAAACACUGAGAGCGACAAGCCAGUCUUCCUUGUUUUCCAUGGUGGGUCUGGCUCCUCGAAGCAGGAGUAUACCGAUGCGAUUAGCUACGGUGUCGUCAAGGUCAACCUCGACACGGACUUGCAAUGGGCAUAUCUGACAGGUAUCCGCGACUACAUCAACAAGAAGGCCGACUACCUGAAGACGCAAGUUGGCAACCCCGAUGGCGCGGACAAGCCCAACAAGAAAUACUUCGAUCCUCGCGUGUGGGUGCGUGAGGGAGAGAAGACAAUGACUGCCCGUGUGGCCGAAGGACUGAAAGACUUCAACACCGCCAACCAGCUGUAA